AUGGCAACACGGGAACAAGAUGAGGGUCUCGAGACCACGGAUGUGAUAAUAUGUGGAUGCGGCCCUACUGGGGCAUUGCUAAGUGCGCUCCUAGGUCGAAUGUCCGUCAAGAAUGUUGUAUUGGAGAAAGAGAAGGACAUCGUGACCGAUCCGCGUGGAAUUGCUCUGGAUGAGGAUGGAAUUCGACUACUCCAGGAGAUAGGUUUGUACGAGCAGAUAUACGGCGAGAUUGGACAACACAUUGGAUGGACAUUAUUCACCUCUGGAAAGCAUGGGCUCAUGACCAAGCCAUUCAUGAAAAUGAAUUUAAACUCCACCGAAGGAGGUACCGGCCAUGUUGCUGCUAUCGCCCACAAGCAGCCUGUGAUGGAAAAGCAUCUCCGCAUGGCCGCGAGCAGCUGCCCUAGCUCACAGCUGUGGCUUGGGUCGACCAUUGUGGAUAUAGAAGAGAAUGAGGACUCUGUCCAAGCACAAUAUAUCGACAACAAUGGCACACAGUCCACCAUUCGGGGGAAGUUCUUCGUGGGAGCAGAUGGUAAAACCGGGUUUACACGUAAACGCUAUCUGGAACCAAAAGGUGUCCUCCUCCAAACACUUUCUGGCUACGAGUAUCAGGAGACGUGGGUUGCGAUGAACUGGCACAUGAAUCUCCCCACGCCAGAGACACACCCAGGAUUUCCCCUUUGGAAACUGAAUUACACCCCUGAACAAGUCUACGAUAAAUUCUUUCCACCAAACUUUCGAUUUAUUGGCAAUCCUGAGAGGCCCUCUGUCUGCGGAAGCUUCGGUCCACGGAGCGAGAGACUCUGGCGGUUUGAGUUUGUGGUGGACCAAGGGGAGGAUCCGCAGGAGAUGGCUACUUGGGAGAAGACGUCUGAGAUUGUCUUACCAUACUUGACACACCCAGGCGCUUAUUAUGGAGACGCUUCAGGGAUUGCAUGGAGGCUCGCACUAGCUUGUCGACCCGACUUCGAUGGAAGCUUUGAAACACUUUUCAAUGGAUGGUUUCUGGAACGAAAGCAGCAGCUGGACCACUCACUUGCUGCUACAGUGGCCAACGGAAAUCUCACCACCGCGCGGAAUCCCGCGAAGAUCUUUUUCCGGGACUGGAUCCUAUGGCUGAUGCAGCUUGUCCCCAGCUCCAGACAUAAGCUCGAAUUGGGUCCUCGUGUAUACGGCAUGAACCGAUAUGCAUUCAACACCGGGAUGGCAUUCCUUCCCGAUCUAGCAGGCGGACGCUGUUUCCCACAAGUCUACUGUUGUCCAGCGUUCCCUUUGACCAGUGAUUUGGUAACAAAUGUCCGCUUUACAGACGACGUUUUCUUCAGUGACCCAAGCAGCAACGCGCUCCUGCGGCUCAUCGUCGUGGUUGAUGAUCUGGAGCAAGCAGAGAAAGCGUGGCUAGAACUCAAAACCCUGGACCUAGGGAAAGCCUCCAACAAUGAAGUCCCCAAGGAUUCCGCUUUCUUCCUCAUCCAUUCUCCCGUGCUCGAAAACCGCCCAGCAAGCACCUCGUCGGAUGUCCCCCAACAGAGCGUUUAUCGCAUAGCAACUGGGGACGAGUUCGCCGUAUCAGACCUUUGUAGGAAUCGGCCAUACCCGACAGGAUACGACAUGUAUCGGAUCAAAAAGGAUAUGGGAGGGAGAAAGUAUGUUUUGGUCCGUCCUGACCGAUUUGUCUAUGCCGCCUGUCACACCGGUGCAGAGCUCAUUGUUGCUUGCGAACGCAUCCCACGGACAUUGUGCGGAUCUUCUAGUACGACAAGACCGCGCGAUUCGAAGCUCUAG